CCACCCUUAAAAGCACUUCUGAGGGAGGAAGAGAGGACGCAGUCCCGAGCACACGGCACCACAUCCACCUCCACCAGCUCCGUGCAUCUGUCACCAUUUGCACCAACCAAGACCGUCGCGAUGGAAAGGAUUAUUUUAUAACUUUUUCCCAUCAACCGGAGAGACACAAACUCAAGCCAUUCCACUUUCCUGGGCUCAAUAAUCGGGUUUUUAUCGGUUUAUUGUCUCCAAGCCACGGAUCGUCGCAAGCAGGAACAAAAUGAUGAACAACAGAGACCGCUGGAAGGUGUACAAGAGGGUGGGUGUCAUGUUUUUCCUGGCUGUGGUCGCGCUGACUGUUGUCCAAAGAGGAAGCAUCAACAUGGGGGCUCCCUUCCAAAUUGAAAGGCAGGCUCGGACAGAUGCCUCAGAGGGGGCGGAGCAUGGAGCUGCUGGGGAGGACAAAAGUGACUUGAACCUGGGAAUGAAAGGUUUCUGGAAGGCUAGCAAACACCAGCUGAUGCCUAAAAAACGGGCCACCACACAAAAGUCCCGGAUCACUGAGGACAGCAGCCCGAGAACCUGGGAUGUUACCAACUCCAACUGUAGCAUCAACCUCAACCUCUCAAGUCAGAACUGGUUUAAUAGCCUGGAGGAGAAUUUCAAGCAAUUCAUGCUUUAUCGACACUGCCGUUACUUCCCCAUGCUCCUCAACCACCCAGAGAAGUGCACAGGCGACACAUAUUUACUCAUGAUAAUAAAGUCUGUUGCCACCCAGCAUGACAGAAGAGAGGUCAUCAGAAAAACCUGGGGCAAAGAGCAGGUGAUUGAUGGCAAGAGAGUAAAGACCCUUUUCCUUCUUGGUAAACCCUCCAGUGUGGCAGAGAGAGCAAACCACCAGAAGCUAGUGGAGUACGAGGACUACAUCUAUGGGGAUAUCCUCCAGUGGGACUUCCUAGAUAGUUUCUUCAACCUCACGCUAAAGGAGACUCACUUCCUCAAAUGGUUCCACACCUACUGCCCCAGUGUACGCUACGUCUUCAAGGGGGAUGACGACGUCUUUGUCAGCGUGGACAACAUCUUUGAGUUUUUAGAGGGCAGCAACCAGGCAAAGAACCUGUUUGUGGGCGAUGUGAUUGUCAAGGCGAAGCCCAUCCGUAAAAAGGAAAACAAAUACUACAUCCCCCUGGCUCUGUAUAAUAAGACACACUACCCUCCGUAUGCAGGUGGAGGGGGGUUUCUGAUGGAUGGGAAUCUGGCGAGGAGGCUUUACUUGGUGGCAGACACCCUUGAGCUUUACCCCAUCGAUGAUGUCUUCUUGGGCAUGUGUCUGGAGGUGCUUCAGGUCACUCCUAUAAAACACAAUGCCUUUAAGACGUUUGGCUUGGUGAAAAAUAAGAGCAGCAAAUUGAACAGAGAACCUUGUUUCUUUAAGAGCAUGAUUGUGGUACACAAGCUGCUCCCGUCGGACCUAAUGCACAUGUGGCAUAUGGUCAACAGUGACCUGGUGUGCUCACAGAAAGUGGAGAUCCUAUAGCUUGAUGGGAGCACCAGGUCAGGACAGCACCAACACGCUGAGCUGUACCUUGGUGGACACCGUGAUGCACGAGAGUCCCAGUAAACUCUCCCUUAUGUGGGGAAGGACCAUGGACCAUAUCAGAAUUAGCUGUUUCUGUUCAGUAGUGCAAUUUUUUGAGGAUAUUCCUCAAAAGUCAAGUAAAUUAUACAGAGAUUUUAAAACGUUGUAGAAUUGUGUAUUUAUAUUGGCAUUCUGAAGGACUUAAUUAUUUCAGAGACAACCAAAGUUUAACUGCUUCCUCAACGGUCUUGCUGAGGAGGACAGUUAUUGCUUGGCAACUACAGGCUUUUUAUUUCAUUAUGUAAUAUUUGUGAGGUUCUCCGCCUUAUCACAGUCCUCCCCUCGUCAGUGGCCAACACCUUUUUUUCUCCUUCCUUCUGGUUAGAUAUGGUUGAGGUUUUUCAUUGCCAAAUCACCAAUGGUAGCGAUCCGACUUAUAUUAAUACCUAAAAUGUAACCAAAAAAAGUGUAGUAUGAGGACAAGUGGUAAAUAAACCAUGAAUAUGUAUUUGUAGCAAAAAUGUGCUUUCUGAUAGGUCAGAGGGAAAUAAUGUUUAGUUGGCCAGUGUGAUCUUGAGAAUAAAAAGGCAGGUGCCCUGGAUGCUGGGGUUUGAAAGCCAUUGCACUUACUGCACAGCGUUUAGUUAUGCUUGCAUUUUGGGUUUGUAUUAAGUGUUAUACAUUUCCUUCACUUGAGUCAAUGUGUAAUUCUGCAGUGGCUUCAAAUCAAGUAAGAGACGAUUCUCUCUACCUCAGUGAUUCGGUCAAUUUAAAAAAAAUCAUAAUUAGUUUGGGCUUUUCUACUGUAACCCUGUUAUCUUAAUAUGAAGCACAUGUUCCCUAAAGUGUGUUUUUGAUCAAUGAUGUACUGUAGAGGUCCUUGCACUAUUAUUUUGGAAUGUGACUGACUUGAUCUACUACUACUACUACUACUACUACUGGAAACCUUUAAAAUUAGAUGUCUAAACUUGUUACAUGUUUGCUGUCUGUGGAUUUGAAUGUGCUGAUAUACUUGACAUGGAUUUGGUUAAGGGUUUACAAUGACACUGUGAACUAAAACUAAUGCUGGUACGAGAAACGACAUAUUAAUUUAAUCCUCAAUAAAAAGGAGGAAAAUAAGGGGUUCUUGCAUUUAAUUUAAAGCCUCCAAUGAGCAUAAUAAUGUGAUGUUUGAUGAUUAUAAAACUGAAUGUUGUGGGUAUAGUGGGUGAUGGUGAUGUAAAUAUAUGUAAAAAAUCAAAAUGUACAAAGAAUGUCAUUUGUAAAUUAAAAUGUUAAAAUGUU